AUGGGUGUCUGGACUUCAGGCACUGAGAUCUUUCUAAGUCUUUGGAGGACUUAUGUGUCUCCAAGAAGCCCUGGAUGGAUGGACUUUCUCCGGCACUUGGGAGUUUGCUCUUUCGUGGCUCUCAUUUCCGUGGGCCUCCUCUCCGUGGCCUUCUACUGGCUUCUCCCGUCCGUCUCAGUAUUUGCUCCAUGCUGGAUUCUCACGAGUGUUCUGCUGUGCAGCUCCAAGCACGCACGGUGCUUCAUGCUUCUUGCUUUUCUCUCUUGUGGUCUGCGGGAAGGCAGAAAUGCUCUGAUUGCAGCUGGCACAGGGAUAGUGAUCUUUGGACACGUGCAAAAUAUUUUUCACAACUUUAAAGGUCUCCUAGAUAGUAUGUCUUGCAACUUGAGGGCAAAGAGCUUUUCCAUACAUUUCCCUUUUCUGGAAAAAUAUAUCAAAGCCAUUCAGUGGAUUUAUAGCCAAGCGCCUUCACUAAAUCUAUUUGAUGACCUUGUUUCUUGGAACCAGACACUGGCGGUCUCUCUUUACGACACCAAGCAUGCCCUGGAGGCCCAGCUAAAUGACACCAAAGGGCAAGUGCUGAGCGUCUGGUGCCAGGUGAUGACCAUGACAGAGACGUUGUCCUCCCUGGGUCAGAAGCUUCUUUGCUUCGCAGGGCUCUUGCUGGUCCUGCUUAGCACUGGCCUCUUUAUGAGACGAUUUUUGGGCCCCUGUGGUUGUAAAUUUGAGAACAUCUACAUCACCAGGCAAUUCAUUCGGUUUGAUGAGGAGGAGAGACAUGAACAGAGGCCCUGUGUCCUCCCGCUGAGUAAGAAAGAGAGGAAGAAGUUCAUUUCUGGUUUCCAGUCCUGA